AUGGAGGUUUAUACCUCUAUGAUGAUACUAAGUGGUACAAUAUUGAAUGGAUCCCCACUCACUGAUAUAUCGCAGUGGCGUAUGAACUCCAUAGUUCGGGAAUCAGAUAGUUCUGGAGAAGAUGAAUUCUAUGAUGCCCAAGAAGACGUGAGCGGAGAGAUAAAUGCAGGAUUGUCAAAAUGGAGCUCUGAAGAAUAUUUGACAAGAGAAAUUGGGGAUGCAUCUGCAGACGAAGGAGGCGACUACACCAAGAAUCGUCAAGUUCGACAAACCAGCAUGGAAUCAACACCCGGAUCUCCAACGCUAUCGAUACGCGGACAUGACCACCACUGUCGUAUACACUGGCUCUUUUUAGUUUUACACGGUGGUAAUAUACUAGAUGGAGGACAAGACAUCAACUCCAAACAGAUUGAUUUGAAUACACUUAGAGCUGCAUUGGAUGCAGUUACAAGGGCUCAUUUCCCAGCUACUUAUGGACAUAUCGCUGUCAAAUUGGUUCCGUGUCCCUCCACAUGCACUGAAGCACUCAAUCUACUUACAAGUAUCAGCCCGUAUAGUUACGACACCAAAUCUCCACUUAACGAUAACAGUCCAUCUACGGGAUGUGGUGAUUUCUUACCACUUGGAGCACUACCUGUCAUAGCGACAUCUAAUCCUGAAUAUCUUGAAAUCGUUACGACCGUAGUGAAUAAGGCUAAUAGCGUAUAUGCGGAUUUCUUAAAAUCAGACGAUGGAUUUGGAUUCAGUGGUCAGGUGUCGCUUAUUGGAGACAGUGUUGGUGCAAUAUUAGGAUACGAUAUGCUUUGCUGGCCAAACUUAUCAUCGUUAAAUCAUCAUGGAAGCCAAUUAAGUAUGUCUGAGAGCGAGGACGAUCAUUUACAAGAAACACGCCCACUUAGUCGCAGUAGUGGUGAUCUACAACAAAUUGAUACAGAAGAUGUUGUGACAAGUAUUGAUACCAAUAAACGUUUUGCGGCACCAGGAUCUGCGUUCCAUCGUGAGAGUAGCUUCACUUUUGGCAGUAAAGGACACAUUCAUCAGAAGUUGACAAAUAAGAGUAGCCAUGAGUCUAGCAAACAUACUGCUACUACUAGUGUUCAACAACCCAUAUCGGAAAAUCAUUUACCGCGACUAGAGUUUGAAGUCCAUAACUUCUAUAUGUUUGGAUCUCCACUGGCAUUGGUCUUAGCAUACAGAAAAAUGGUACACACAGAUGGAAGGAGUAUGGCUGAUGAUCCUGUCCAGCCAUGCUGUGGACAAGUUUAUAAUUUAUUUCACAGAACAGAUCCAUCUGCUAGUCGCCUAGAGCCUCUACUUGAUGUCAAGUUUUCUUUGUUACCGCCCUCCACUGUUCCACGUUAUCAAAAAUUUCCUCUUGGAGAUGGCCAUUCAAUAAAUAUUGGUGACAUAAUUCACAGUAAUUCAUUUUUAUUUGGUGAAGGUGGUGGAAGCAAUUUACAACGCCAUCCAAGUCAGUGCAGUGUCAGUAGCCAGACAGACUAUCCACCAGCCACCACCUGCCAUCUAUCAAGUGUUGUAAAUAAAUGGUGGGGAAGUAAAAGAUUGGAUUAUGCAUUGUACUGUCCUGAAGCCCUCCAGGCAUUUCCUACAGGAGCUUUGCCUCAUUUAUUUCAUGCCAGCUACUGGGAAUCUACCGAUGUAGUGGCUUUCAUUCUGAGACAGAUGGUACGCCAUGACAGUGUCAGCGUACAUAUGGGGAAUGAUACAGGACAAGAAAUGCCGACAUUUGCGCCAAUGCAACCACGUGAGAAAUGGCAACGAAGAAGAACAACUGUUAAGUUGAAGAAUGUGAGUCCUAAUCACCGUAGCAACGACAUUAUAGUGACUGAGGAGUUGAACCAGACAUUACAUGCUAGGUUUAUGUAUGGGCCGUUGGAUAUGGUGACUUUAACUGGAGAAAAGAUUGACAUUCACAUCAUGACACAGCCUCCAUCCGGUGAAUGGGUCUAUUUUGAUACAGUUGUUACUAACAAUCAUGGAAGAACAUCAUACACAUUACCAGAUUCACGUCGACUUGGUCAUGGGAUGUAUCCCGUCAAAAUGGUUGUCAGGGGAGAUCAUACCUGUGUUGAUAGUUAUUUACUGGUCCUACCACCACGUACUGAAUCUGUUGUGUUCAGUAUCGAUGGAUCAUUCACAGCAAGUGUGUCUAUAAUGGGUAAAGAUCCUAAAGUGAGACCAGGAGCAGUAGAUGUUGUCAGACAUUGGCAAGAGCUUGGAUAUCUGAUCAUAUACGUGACUGCACGUCCUGACAUGCAAAAACAGAAAGUGCUAGAGUGGCUAGCUCAACACAAUUUUCCACAUGGGAUGGUGAAUUUCUGUGAUGGUAUCUCUGCCGAUCCAUUAAGACAAAAGGGAAAUUAUCUUAAAAAUCUCAUACAGGAUACCAAGUUAGUGAUACAUGCUGCAUAUGGUUCAAGUAAAGACAUCAGUGUGUAUCAUUCCAUUGGAUUACAGCCUCACCAGAUAUUUAUAGUUGGCAAAUCGUCCAAGAAACACAACACACAGGCACAGGUCCUCAGUGAAGGUUAUGCAGCACAUUUAAAUGAACUAGCGAGAGCUUCCCGUCCAGCAGUUGGAAAUUCGCGUAUGGUGUUAAGAAGAGGAUGUUUCAGCUUACCAGGUCAAGGUAAAGUGGUGCGUGUACCGACGAAACAACCUGCACGCCGCGUAGCAUCCUACCAGGGUACCACUAUAACGUCCGGACAGGGUCAGGGUUUGGCACCGAUGAGGUCAUUUACCCAGAAGACUUCGCCGCAGAUGACACACCGUGCUUCAAUUGGUGGAGUUAAAUUUGAAUCAGCUAUCUGAUUUUGUGUAUAAUUGUCUUGUACAUGUUCAGGUUCGCUGCUGUUAUCCCAUGAUUCAGAUCUUGGAGAGGAGGCCUCUGGCUGUUUUGUGACACGGGUCUAAAACAGACUUCAAGCUAAUGUCUCAAAUGCUGGGCUCCAAUCAAAACAACCCGACUAAUGGCAAGUGUCGUGAAUAUCAAAAAUAUUGGUGGUCAGUGAGUGAAAUUGAUACACUGCAGUUAUGAAAUGUAGUGUUUUAAAAAAUUGUGAUUCUUCAUAUCAACUUGUUUGAAGUCUGCAAAAUGUAAUUUUUUCCUGAAUACAUUUAUCUAAUGCAAAUAUAGUAUGUAUUGUCAGCCAAUAGUCUAAGAAUAGUUUUGCUGCUAGUCAGCCAAUCUCCUUUCAACCAAAACAUGCAUGCGGUUUGUAGGCCAAUCAGUGAAAUUAUUGCAUCAAGAUGU